GAGUGACAUACACAGAGCAGCAACGAGGAGCAGGUUUGGAAAGAAGACGACAAAAAGCGUCUGUUUGUGCUCCGAGGGUUAGGCUUUUUUUGUUUCCUUUUUCACAUCAUUAAGCUCAAUACACUUUUCUAGUAGGAGCCGAGGAGACAACAGCGACCAGAGAGACCAGGGUAGUGAACCAGGAAGUGAGAGUUCUUUUUACUCAGCAUCCGGAAAAGCUUCAGAUAUUUCCUUUGAAAUGUCCGCUCCUGGCUAUCCAGGCGGUCCGCACCAGCCACCCUAUCCCAUGACUCAGCCCGGCGGUCACUCCGUAGCGCCUUAUCCCUCUGCUCCAGGGUAUGGCAACCCCCAUCAAGCCCCUCCACCGGGCUUCAUGGACUACAAUUCAGGCCCGCCUCCUGUCAUGUACCAGCCCAGUCAGGUGGGCCCAGGACCAGUUCCAGGACCGCAGUAUGGGGGCCCUCCUGGAGGGAUCUCCCCUGCCCCUGUUGGUGUACCGGCUGCGGUUGCUGUCGGGGUGCCACCGGGCCUGGAGUACCUGACACAGAUAGACCAGAUCCUCAUCCAUCAGAAAAUAGAACUCCUAGAAGCAUUCAUCGGAUUUGAGACCAACAACCAGUAUGAGAUUAAAAACAGUCUGGGCCAAAAGAUCUACAAAGCCAAAGAGAAGAACGACUGCUGCACCAGGAACUGCUGUGGCUCUCUGCGCAGCUUCGACAUGAAGAUCAAAGACAACAUGGACAGGGAAGUCAUCCGUCUCAUCCGGCCUUUCCGCUGCGUCUCCUGCUGGUGUCCCUGCUGCUUGCAAGAGAUGGAGGUCCAGGCACCACCGGGCACCACCGUAGGUUACGUCAAACAGGACUGGCACCCUUUCGUGCCAAAGUUUUCCAUCCAGGGACCCAACAAGGAGACCGUGAUGAAACUCGAGGGGCCCUGCUUCGCCUGCAACUGCUGUGGAGACGUCAACUUUGAGCUGAAGAGUAAAGACGGUGACACGCCCAUCGGUCGCAUCAGCAAGCAGUGGAGCGGCCUGUUGAAGGAAGUCUUCACAGACACGGACAACUUUGGCAUCCAGUUCCCGAUGGACAUGGACGUGAAGAUGAAAGCCGUGCUGAUGGGAGCCUGCUUCCUUAUUGAUUUCAUGUUCUUUGAGAAGGUCGGGGAGGCCAACCAGCGCAGCACGGUCUUUUCUUAACAGCGUUUCCUCUGAGAGGAAAAAAGUAGUUAUGCAUUCGUCCUUGAAAUUCUUUGUUUGUUCUUUUUAUUCUUUCUUCCAGCCGAUACUGUGCCAUCUUUUUCUCCACACAGACCAAUACAAGCAAACUAACUCCUGAUUCCAGAUGUCUGCCAAGGAUUCUUUUUUUAAGAUCUAUCCAAACUCAGUUACUGACUUUGGGAAACAUAUGACCAUUUUCUUAAAGCACUCCGUACAUUUUGUAGACUUGUAUUCUGUUUGUAUCAAGCCGGUGUACGUCCAGCUGAGAUUUAAUCCCUGCCAAAGAAAGUCAACCUUAAUCACAUGUUCUUUUAACCACUGCUGGUGUGGAUUUCAUAUUUACAUGUAAUGACUGGUUUAUGACCCUUGUACUCGCGUUCUAUUAAGAAACCAGACUAUAUCUUGUGUAAGUGCAAUACUGUGAUAUUACUCAUUGCCUUGUAUUUUUAGCUAUGCUACAUGUAGCGGCUAGCGGACGCUCUGCAUGCCUAUCUGUCUGUACCAUACUUGGUGUGAAAAAUACAUAUAAGAUGGAUUACCAUGUUUGGUACAGACAACCACGCUGCCUUUAAGAUGAAUCUAUUCAUUACCAAAUGCCUACUAAGCUUACUUUAUACCCAAUAACCUCGACUGUUGUCGUGUUAAGUGCUAACCAGGAAAUGUUAGCAUGCAGUAAGCCAUACUAAGUUGGUAGAAUUGAUCAACCAUACACCUGGAUUAGCAUGAGAUGUUAGCAUGCUAGCUUUUAGCUGAAAUGAUUGCUUUGUCUUAGUACAAUCUCCCAGGUGCAUUAGCAUGGCUUUAAACCUUAUAAAACUUGAACACUUGCUUAAGUUAACAGGCUGCCAUAAUCAAGGUGUGAUAAUGAAGUUAGAAAUGAGUUAGCUAGAGAUAAGAGGGAGAAUGUUUAAUGUCUCAUGGUUGAAGUUGUGAGUGUGCGAUUUGACACAUGGCAACAGUGUGUACCAGAGUGCUCUGUCUCUAACUCUGUGUCUUAGUGUAAAUAGUCUGAAAAAGAUGCUGCACAGACUGGGCUGCAGGGUAAAUGUGCUCAUGUUCCCCUCUGUGUUUAGUCGUUUCCAUGUUGACUGUCGUCACAGCAUCUCCCUCUCCCUCUGUGUGUUUCUCCAGAUAUUGCUGCCUGUGUUGAACGUGUGCCAGUGUAGUGUAACAGGAGAUAGAGAAUGUAGGUUAAAUGGGAGGAAAAGUUGUGAAUGUAGGAAAUAAAAAAGGCAGAAGUUGAGGGCAGGAACAUGAAUCAGCCCUCAGAGUGGUCGGAAAACCCCAGGAGUGACAGUUUUAGAAAACACACUUUCUUUCAGUUCUUUUAAAAGAAAGAGAUCUGAAUGUGAACUUGUCAUGAAAACAAUGCUGUCUUAGCUCCUUCAAUGGCCGUGAGAAUGGGAAAGAAAACACGUUUGUAGAUAUAUCUUAGUGCAGUUGAAUGCAAAUUUGUGCUCUGUGUUGAAUAACCCUUCUUGUAAGAUAACAUGGGUGUGCCUCAUGUGAGGCUUGGAUGCCACUCGUGCUCUCAAAUCCAGAAUGCAGCUCUUUAUUACACGCCAGUAACCAAAUGUGUCUUAAAGUCUGUGCAUACAUAUACAAACAUAUCCUAUGUAAUACAUUCUGUACAAUCUGACCUCUUUGAAAGAAAGGACCAAAGUACACAAUAAUUUAUGCAAUCUGUGUAUUUGGUCAGUUUUUAUAUUUUCUACAGCACUUGCUUUUCUAAAACCAGCUUAAACUGCAGCUAGUAGGAUCGUGAGACUCAGUCCCCUGUGGUUCCAUUACAACAAUUUUUUAUCAUUUAUUUGUUAUGUUUUGAGGUUGUGAAUCACAUGCAGAAUGUCAAAAUAUUAGCUUGAAAAAUAAAUCACAAUGCAAAAGUA